GCCACAGCGGACUCAGCGGACAUGCGAGGUCGGUGCCAGACGGGCCCCUCACGGCGAGGACGGAGCCAGAUGGGACCCACGCGUCAGCCAGCACCAGCGACCAGAGGAUCAACGAGACGGAGUCGAGGCCUGUACCUCACGGGCCCCACGACUACACCAUUGCGCAGCAGAACGACGCGUCGGAGCUGGGGGAACUCAUCGCCGAGAUCUUCCUGCGUGCUGCCAGGCAUGCCGCCCUGGCAUGGCGAGACACUCGUACUCAGGUCCGAUCUUGGGCCAAGAAGGCAUCGGACGCAUCCAUGAGAGCGGCACACCGAUACCUGAGCUCCGAGGAACGGGUCGACACCAGUGACGGCUGCAUGGACCCAGACACGAAGAAGUGGGAGAUGGAUCCGGAGUCUGCCAAGACCGAGCUGCCGCAGGCCAUGCGCGACCUGAGAGCCAAGGCCAUGGAGGACCUCACGGGCCGACCCUUCCACACCAUCGAGAAUUUGGAGAUGGCGGUGAGCAGCUUUCAGUCAGGGGCGGGGCUGGGAGCUGACCUAUGGGCGCCAGACCAGCCCAGGGCGCUCAGCCCGCUGUGCAAGGAAUCUCUGCUCAUCAUUCUGAACAUCUGCGAGCGGCAGUUCACUUGGCCUCAUCAGAUCAUGCAGAUGUG